GAUGGGAGAGCAUGAGCAGGUGCUAUGUGCGACCCUGUUCUGGCCGGCCUGCCCCGGGACUCUGACUACUCUCUGCCCUGCUACUGCUCAUCUCUGUCGACCUCCAACUUGUGUUCGCUUGAUCACAGCAAGUGUGACAAGUACUGGGGUACUUCCUCAGAUAAGAACUUGGACUAUACCAUUUACUGGUCCAGCACUCCAGAACCAGAGACCUCGGGGCCAGCUGCUUCAGAGAACACAGUGACAAAUACAGACUGGAAGCCAGGGAGGGACUCAGGGCCUCAGUCGCUUGGGUCUCCCCACUCCCCCAGCUCAGACUCACAAGAAUGCUGUAAUGACCAGGAACUUGUGAAGAAGCAUCCGAGUGUCACUAAGAAACCAUUGGAGACCAGCUCUUCCAAAAUCAAAGGUAAGUCCACCAUGAUGAUUCCUGACACCCAGAAGCUCCUGCAAUGCGAACUGGAGUCACUCAAGAACCAGCUACAGGCCCAGACUAAGGCUUUUGAGUUCCUAAAUCACUCAGUGACCAUGUUGGAGAAAGAGAGCUGCCUGCAGCAAAUCAAGAUCCAACAGCUUGAAGAAGUCCUGAACCCCACGAGCCAGCAAACAGAGGGGAAAAAAUGGAACAUGGAUCAGGGACAGCGGGAGCUAUAUGGGGCCCUGGCGCAAGGCCUGAAGGGGCUACAGAAGACUGUGCGGGAGAGUGAGGAGGUGCAGAAAACCCGCACUACCCGCUACCUGCAGCUGCUGGCCCAGGAGAUCCGAGACAGCAAGAAAUUCCUGUGGGAGGAGCUGGAGCUGGUUCGGGAGGAGGUGACCUUCAUCUAUCAGAAGCUCCAGGCACAGGAGGAAGAGAUCACUGAGAACCUGGUGAACAUCCAGAAGGUGCAGAAGACCCAGGCGAAGUGCCGCAAGGUCUUGACCAAGAUGAAACAACAGGGGUGUGAGACAACCAACUGGCUGGAGACAGAGGAGAUGCCAUCAGGAGGGAAUGGCUCUUGGAGGAGUGACCUCCAGAAGGAGCUGAGUGACAUAUGGUCCGCCGUGCAUACGCUGCAGAACUCCUUUGAUGGCUUCACCAUGUCCUCGGGAAUCCGCCCCAAGACUGGGAGCCUCCGGGGCUACAAGGGGCACAGAUGCCUGAGUCCUCCGCUUCACUCUUGGGACUCGGACUCGGACUCGGACCAGGACCGUUCCCAGCCACCCUUCAACAAGAGCCGCUCCUUCCCAUCAGCUUGAGCAGCCGGGUUGCUCUCCACGAAGACCCCUCCAGAGAGAAAAUAAACUAGCCGAGACCCUCCU